AUGGAGGAAUACACUUACAUGAAUCAAGAUAUGUGGUUGGGGAACGAAAAUCCAGCCCAAUAUCAAUACUAUAAUGAUCCAUACAAUGAUUCAUAUAAUGAUGAUCCAUAUGAUGAUGAUUGUUGGUGGAUUGGCGAUUCGGCUCAAAACCAACACCAUGAAUCACCUUGUUUCCCUGAAGACCAAGAAUCAAAUGACUCUUCAUUCAACAAAAAGUUGGAUCGAAUGCUAGAGAUGUUGAAUGAAACCUUUAACAAGGAGGAAGACAACUCCAAAUCAAUUUCGGCAAUUGAAGAUCAACUAGAACAAAUAACGGAGCAGCUAAAGCAACAACCACCGGGAAAACCUUCAGACUACCCAAGUAAAUGA